CUUCAGUUACAUUUCAUUAUCAGAUUAGAUGGAUUAGAUCGAUUAGAUUCUAAACAAUAAAAACCGCUGGCCGCCGCCAAAUAAAGUAGUAACAUAAAAUGGCAGUGCUUAUUUACGGAUUCUAAGACUGCGAAUUAAUGUAAUUUACAUGAUUUAGUGUUAAAUACCCAUAUUUUGUUUGUAAAAAGUAUCAAAAUGACUACGUUCACCAACAAGGUGUUGAUUGUUUCUGAAUUAGCGCGAGGAAUGACGCCAGAGUUCCUUGCCGAACUGCACCAAACAACAGAAGAAGAGAUCAACAGAAUUGAUGCGAAUCACCAACUUAUCGUGGAAGUUGGUCAUUACUUCAACAUAUCAAAAGACUUCCCAUUGAUGGGUGGAUAUUAUCCCCGCAUGGAAAACAUCUUGUUCUGUUGGCUUGCCGAUCAUAGAGAUGUGACGAACAAAGCUUUGUCAGAAAAAGCCAGACAGAUCGUGGACAUUAUCGGCGAAAGACCAAGGUUUUCCAAUGUGAGUGCUUUCACUGCUUCUCAGAACUGGGUAAAAAGUUUUAAACUCAGAUACCAUGGCAUGUCAAUCGAUCAGAGCCAGGGAUUAAUUGAAGAUGUACGAACGGAACCGGUUGAUGAAGUGAAGCUGGAAAUGGAUUUCGAAACAGAGGCUGAAACAAUGCAGUCGCAGGAUUUCGUUGAUGAAGUUUCAACCGUUGAUGAAUUGGCAGAAAUCAUAAAUAAUGGAAAACGGCCGGCAGCAACCAAUGAAAUCUUUAACUCUUUGUCGGAAGAGCUCAUGGAACCGGUGUCGCCGAACAAAGAUGAUCGCCAAAUGGAAGCCUCGAAAAUUGAUGAACGGACAGAGAGUCCAACACUAAUUAUCCAGAAACGAUCAGGCGAUCCAGAUGAGUGCUCGUCAUCCGAAGAAUUGGUCGAUUCGUUAUCAUCGGUCAAACGUUCUUUGAAAAGGAAAAUAUCAAGCAUUGAACAUCGAUCAACAGACGUCAAAACGGAGUAUUCGUCGGAAGAAGAGUUCGAUGAUUCAGAACCGUCACAAAAGCGCCGUCGGAAUUCGCAAACAAUUCUGGUACCAACUAAGACUGGUGUUAAAUCCAUGAACUUGCGGGAUUACAAGGAACACAAGGUUAUCCGCAUUUUUAAGCCGUUGCUUAAAUUCGCUAAGGAUAGUAAUUGGUCUCCAGAAGACUCUAAUCAAUUGGACCAACUGUACAGAAAGAGCCUACUUUCUUGUGACGGAAAAGAGGCGAAACAAACAACAAUCACCAAUUUUUUCCGAAAGAAAAAAUAAUUGUGAAGUCAACAGAUAAGAAAGAAAAGUGAAGAAAUUGAGUUUCGUUGAAGAAAAUUCACUUGUUGAAUAUUAUAUUGUUUAAAGAAUCAUUAUUAUCCAAGGUGUCUUACGUUCCUUUUUUGUAACACUGAAAUUUUCGUUAUAAAUCAAUGUUCAAUGUCAAAAGGACUUGUACGAAUAAAAAUGUUACUACAACGCACACUACUACGUUUUAGUAUCAGCCAUCUUUAUAAGUAGUCGCCAUC